CGUGCUGGCCGUUUCCACCUUUUUCCCGCCAUGGUGUAACGAUCAGCUCUCAAGUGUACUGUGCUACCAUUAGGAAACUGAAGAAACGACUUCAGCGCGCCGUCGCCGCAAAAAUGGAAACGAACUUCUCCUUCUCCAAGACAACGCAAGGCCUCACACAAGUCUGCACAGACGAGAGCUCAAAUUAUCAUUGGACCAUCCUCUCUCAUGCACCCUACAGCCCGGAUCUCGUACCUUCUGACUCCCAAUGAAGGACGCACGCACUGAAGCAGCAGAUGGACGGUGGGGAGGUUACUGAUGCAGCAAAACUUUCUCCCUGACGUCGACUAUUACAGAGGUACCAAGCGGCUAUACAAGCUCUCCCAGGAAGGUGGAGUAAUGCCGUCGCACUGAACGGAGAUUAUGUUGAAACUUAAGGGUUCGUAGCGAGAAGUGUGGGGAAUAAUAUGGUGUAUUGGAAUACUGAUCAAAACCAACCUGAUUUCAGAAAAAAAUGUGUUGCAUUAGUUAUUGAACGCCCCUCAUACUUGAUGACAAUGAUAAGCAAUGACUGCCACCAACAAUUGGGAGGAAUUCGUAAGUCUCUCUCGCCAACGCGACACUGAAUUUUAAGGCUAGAGCUCUCGGAUAUUUCUCUGGACGCACAGGCCGGUGGUACUCGAAUCGUAAGUAGCCGACUCGAAUACCGCCCUGAUACAGUUCCCCACCACUUUCUCAUUUCAUAUCAGCACAUGUCUCGCUUUCAAUAUAUUUUUCUUUCUUUUUCCGUUUCCGUUCCAGAGUCUCUCAGGAAAUACCCACCAGCACCAGUGCUGAACAGAGAAUACAACCAAGACUACAAGAUACCAGACAGCGACGUUGUUCUGGAAAAGGGAACUCCAGUAGUGCUGUCUGUGCUGGGCCUCCACCACGAUCCCACGCAUUUCCCUGACCCCGAUCGCUUCGACCCUGAGAUGUUCUCCGAAGAGGCCAAAGCUAAGCGACACCCCUAUGUCUACCUGCCUUUCGGGGAGGGACCACGCAUUUGCAUAGGUAUGAGGAUGGGCCUGUUACAAUCCAAAGUGGGUCUCGUGAACAUCCUGUCGAAGCAUAGUGUACGAACCACUCAGAAGACAGUAACAAACCUGGAUUACCACCCUAGGUCCAUAAUCCUCUUGUCUAAAAGUGGAAUCCAUCUUCAGUUUGUAAAGCGUUUCUAGGAGGACAACAAUGAAGAACAAUCUUCAGGAGCAGAGUGAUCAGUAUUGAUGCCUGGAGUUGUAAUUACUAGGUUUUGUGUUGUCUAUGCAAUUAAGCAUUCUGAGACGUAGACAAUCCU